AUGCCUGGGGCGGUGAAAUGGGAUACUGCCGGCAGUAUAGAAGGCGGUGAUGCGUUUCCCCGCCGAUGUCGCGCGUUACCGUUCUACUCGUAUACUCCGUCGCCGUUCCGCAUCCCAUCCCAGCGUCGCGACGCGGCCUCUGCUACAGGGUCAACUGCGCGGCGGGGCCCAGGGCUUGCUUUCCACACCCCUGUCCGUCCGAACUCGAGGAGUCAAUUUGCCACGACUCCUAAAUUUAUUUUCUCACAGAAUAACACUGACAAAGGUAAUGACAUUGAUGAUAUCGAUGGGAGCGAUCAGGACGAGUUGUCUCCAUUCCUGGCGAAGCCUAGGGCUUCUUCUGCGCACCGGAGAGCUGCGCCCGGACCGGUCUUUCGUAGAAAGGAUACCAUUGAGGACUCAGAAGAUGAAGAGAGGUUCCAGUCGAGAGACGCAAAUAGGAAAAGCCUCCCUGGAGGUAGACGCGCAGGGACGGUAGAAGAUGGAACAGAUAUUGAUGCACAGUUUGAUAUCCUGUUUCCUCCUACACCGGAUCGGAGCAAGAGACGUCGGGUCUCUUCAGCGGUGUCGGAUGAAGAAGUCGAGCAGCGUCUUCCGCGAACUGCAUCACCGGCAGACUCUAUCCGCUCAUCAUCGUCUUCGGGUCCGCCAUCACCAUCCGCCGCGGGCCGUCAGGGUUCAUCUUCACCGUUCACGGACCCCCGUCCACCAGACAGGGGCGUAGCAGCGAUUGAAACUCCUGCCCCUUCUACUCACAAAACCGCCGCCCGAUUGCAGACUUCUAGGCCUCCUAGCAGCAGUACAAAAACUCCAUUUCGGAGCCAUCCACGUUUCGUCCUCUCUGCCUCCAGCGGUUCAUUACAGACGGGCUCCAGCACCCCAUCCGCGACGGCGGAUACUCCUUCUUCUCUGCAGCAACGGAAAAGGCCAAAUUUCAUCCUUCCCCGAUCGCCGUCUCCUGAUGCUGAUGGAAAUCCCGACGCUGGUUCAGGGAGUCCUCCGCCAGCUCCCUUUUCCCCCACCUCUUACAGGUUGCACCGCCGGGGGAGACCGCAUACGGUGUCGCCAAACUAUUUACCCGGGGGACUGGCAGCGGAAGUCCGCAGCUGGGUCCUCGAGAUGGGAAUGAAACGAGAGCAGCAGCAGCAUCUUCAUAACGUGCAAUCUGCUCAUCACACUAGAUAUCUUUUUACGGCGAGGGUGGACAGGUGCAGGAACAGCAUGCUCUGUUCCGGCCCAAUGAUUCUGGUACGAGGACAUCUGAUCGACUCAAAACAGGAUCCUGAAGGAACAUCACAAUCUCCGACAUCUGUAUCAGAGAGACCGUCAAGAAACAUCCUUCUUCUCGGAGCCCCUGCUUCCAAUCAGCGGACUGCACAGAAUACUAAUUCCCUGCGCCCUCUUUCUUUAUCUUCUAGACCAUCGAUUGCGUUAAAGCACGGUGAUGUUAUCGGUGUCCAUCGUGGCCUCACGUGGGAGAUUGAUUUAGAUAAAGGAUUUCUCCAGGGUCAGACAGACUACAAAACCGCUACUCAGGCCCUGUCAGACAACGAUAAUCGUGAUGUCUCGACUUCUACCCCUGGGAAGGACAAGGAGACGGAGAAAUGGCUCGUUGCGGCGGAAUGGGAUUUGCUUGUCCAGACAUGA